AUGGACUUUGUCACGUCAUCAGAAUCGCUAGUUGUACCUCCCCAAACGGAUUAUCUCAACCUGGCCCUAGAGAUAUACAGUCGGUGUUCCCUAAGGCAGGCGCAAGGAAGCCUUAUCAACUGCGCCCCGCCUGUGGUACUGGCGGAACCUAUUCCACCGACUAUAGGCUUCAAACUUGCUUCCGAACGUGCUUCGCCCCUUCAAGAGGGGAAGUGUCUUCAUGUCGCAUGUUCUAGAAGUCAAGAUCAGCGUUGGAUGAGUGUCGCUUGGUCUGAUAAUGUCGGAGUUCUUCAACGUACCAUGUCUUAUUGUCUUAGGUUCCGGGAAUCUACUGUUUCCCGUGAUAUUUCUACUGUUCGCAGCGAGAUAUGGACUGCAACGAAAGAAAUCCUGGAUAGGGACCAAAUGCGGUGGAGGAUUAUUAUGGUGAGCACCGAGAAUGUGGAUCAGGACGAACAUGACACCUGGUUGAACCUUGCCGAACAAUACAACAAAACCAGACCUGUGCCUGUGGAGUUGACAAUGUUGACUGUCAAUACGACCUCUGAUCUUUUCCUAUCACCCCCACUCCCACCUAUUUCGAUGAGUGUUCUCAAUCCACAGGCUUCUUCCACCCCUGCUGCCACGCCACUUGCCAGUGGCGCUAUCCUCUCGCCAGAUCAGUUGGGGAACGCGCCGACACCCCCCGGUGGUGCCAACAUACCAGCAAACGCUCCUACCCCAACAGACGCGCUUUUUGAGUCAGAUGCUGAAGCUUUCCUUGCCGAUAUCUGUGACGAGACCUGGGGCGUCGUCUUAUCCCAUCGCCUAAACGGCACCCUGCAUUUAACGGAGUAUCGCCCUGCCCUUGCCAGUGGUUACCUAGUGCGUCGAAAGGGUGCUACUGACUCUGAUGGAGCCUUUACGAUGAACGUUAAUAUCUUGCAUACACAACGACCUCCAUCGUCAUACGAAACCCUUCUUCGGGAAAUUCUAGGGAUGUACCGCAACCUGGCAACUCUUGCACGUGUGCGAGGUACGCGGAUUGUCCAACAUGGUACCUUGCCCUGGCACAUUGCCACCGCCUUACGAGCUCAGGAGGUAUUGAGCUAUGUUUUGUGA